AUGGAAAUUUCAGAGCCCAGCAUCGGCAUUUUCUACAUCAGCAAAGUGCUGGCUCUGGCCCCCUAUGCCGCCAGUCGGAACUCCAAGGGCCAGGUGGAAAUCCGUCGCAGCUGGAUAUACACUAUCUACUCAGCCACCUUGACAGUGGUAAUGGUUUGCCUCACCUAUCGGGGGCUGCUGUUCGAUGCAAACUCGGAAAUACCCGUCCGAAUGAAAUCGGCUACGUCGAAGGUGGUAACGGCCCUGGAUGUGUCUGUAGUGGUCAUGGCCAUCGUAUCGGGUGUUUACUGUGGGCUCUUCAGCCUAAACGACACGCUCGAGCUGAAUGCACGUCUCACUAAGAUCGACAACACGCUGAAUGCCUACAACAACUUCAGGCGGGACCGGUUGCGGGCCCUGGGCAUGGCCGCAGUCUCUCUGGUGGCCAUAGCCCUGUUGGUGGGCCUGGAUGUGGGAACCUGGAUGCGCAUUGCCCAGGAUAUGAACAUUGCGCAGUCGGACACGGAGCUCAAUGUACAUUGGUACAUCCCCUUUUACGGCCUCUAUUUCAUCCUCACGGGCCUGCAAAUAAACUUUGCGAACACCGCCUAUGGCCUGGGCAGGCGCUUUGCACGUUUGAACCGCAUGCUCGACAGCAGCUUUUUGGGGGACCACAAGGAAUGCGCUUCAUCCAAUCCGCUCAAGGUGAACGCGGUGAAGACCAUCAGCAUGAAACCUCCGGCGAUGCCCACGGCGCUGCACGCGAGUCUAACCAAGCUUAACAGCGAGACCCUGCCUAGCGAAUCGACAGGUGACAGCCGCAGUCUUAUCCUCAACGUGGAGUUACUCAAACUGGUCCCUUUUCCAGCCAAGAACAAGGGGCUUCUGCUCAAGGCCAUGGCCGACAGUCACGAGUCGCUUGGCAAGUGUGUGCUGCUUCUAUCCAACUCCUUUGGCGUGGCGGUGCUCUUCAUUAUGGUGUCCUGCCUGCUGCAUCUGGUGGCCACUGCCUAUUUCCUGUUCCUGGAGCUGCUCAGUAAGCGGGACAACGGCUACCUGUGGGUGCAGAUGCUCUGGAUAUGCUUUCACUUUCUUCGCUUGCUCAUGGUGGUGGAGCCGUGCCACCUGGCUGCCCGAGAGUCGCGCAAGACCAUACAGAUUGUGUGCGAGAUCGAGAGGAAGGUGCAUGAGCCCAUACUGGCCGAGGCGGUGAAGAAGUUCUGGCAGCAAUUGUUGGUGGUAGAUGCCGAUUUCUCUGCCUGCGGCCUGUGCCGCGUCAAUCGCACCAUACUGACCUCGUUCGCCUCGGCCAUAGCCACCUACCUGGUCAUACUCAUUCAGUUCCAAAGGACCAAUGGCUGAGAUGAAUAUAAAAAGUGGUUUCAUUUAUUAACACUAUUC